AUGGCUUCGGUCCUUAUCACUGGUGGGACGGGUAUGGUCGGCUCCCUAAUCACCUCCACCCUUCGCAACUCCUCACCCGCACACAUCUCCACAAUCGACAUCCUCUCCAGACGGCCUCCACCUGCCGAGACCUCUCCAGGCAUAACCUUCCGAGCAUUCUCAGAGAAAGAUACGACGAAAUGGCCCGGCCACAUAAAAUCCAUCUCACCACCACCAUCAAUCUACUUCUCCGCCCUAGCUACUACACGAGCCAACGCGGGUGGCUUUGAACAGCAGUACAAGCUAGAACACGACUUCAACCUGGAGCUCGCUAAAGCCGCAAAGGAGUGCGGCGUGAAGACAUACGUUCUCAUCUCUGGCGCAAAUGCAAAUGCCCAAUCCUCAUUUGGCUACAUUCGCAUGAAGGGCGAGAUCGAGGAGUUUGUCAAGGCUCAGGACUACGACCACACGAUCAUCAUUCGGCCGGGAUUGAUCGCGGGCACGCGUGAGGAGAGCAGGCCUGCUGAGGCCGCGCUGAGGGGAGUGGCUGCGCUUGCGGGCAGGAUCUCGACGCACUGGCUGAAGGACUUCUGGGCUCAAGACGCAGAUGUCAUUGCUAAGGCGGCUGUGAGCGCGGCGCUGAAGGCUGAAAAUGGUGAAUUGAAGGACAAGGUGUUUGUGAUGGGCGCGAAGGAGAUCAUUGAGUAUGGACGUACGAACUGGGUGGAUCUGAAAUGA